GAGAGAGAGAGAGAGAGAGAGAGAGAGAGACAGAGAGAGAGAGAGAGUGAGUUUCAGCCUGGACGGAUAUUAUUUGGUAUCUUUCUGAGUUUCUUCGCCGAUUUUAGGCCUUUAAGACACGCUGGAUGAGAGCUAUAAGGUAUCUCACAGCUCAUGAAGAUCGCACACGCACGCAUACGCGCAUACACACACACACAUGCGUACACACACUCAUACACGUCCAGAUUGUUUUAGCCAUUGGAUCUAAGCAGGUUUCACUGGACUACAGCUAAAAGCAACCAACGAGGAGACCUACAACGUGUUUUUCCAAUUUCCCCACGAAAUGGAGCAGGAAAAUGCGGAUUAUCGAGACUUUACGUGUUUCCUGGGUUAUUUUAACAUUUAUCGGCAGUAAGCAGCUUUCAGAAAUAAUAAUAAAUAAUUGUAAGGACCACGAGAAUCUGUGCGAGUGAAUUCGCCUCAUGGUGAGGGCAGAGCUGGCUUCGUCUGCUGGACAGCUCGUUGGGGUGUCUGGAGGGUCAUUUAUCCAAGCAAAACACUACGAAGAUGGAAGAAAUCGGUGUUAUAUGAUUUUCUAUUGAUAUUUCUCGUUCUCCUCGCUGUUAUUUUCACCCCUCCAUAUGGAAGCACCGAGCUGGAUAAAGAAACUUUAAUCAAACAUUUUUGAACCCAAAGAAUUCAAGUCAAUCACCAUCAACUUUAAAGGCUUGAGCUAGUGUUUGCCUUGUUUUUGUACAGGAAUGAGGUCUAGCAAAAAAACCUUGUUUUGUGGUCUGGUGCUGGUCCUCAGCACUCUUUGCCAUGGAGAAAUCUGUGGUCCAGGCAUUGACAUUGGAAAUGACAUCAGUAAUUUUAAGCGGCUGGAGAACUGUACGGUGGUUGAGGGCUACCUGCAGAUCCUUCUCAUCGGAGGCAAAAACAAUAACAACCAGGAGGUCUUCCGCACCCUCAGUUUCCCCAAGCUGACCAUAAUUACGGAUUACCUUCUCCUCUUCCGCGUUUCUGGGCUGGACACUCUCAGCACCCUCUUCCCAAACCUCAGUGUCAUCCGGGGCCGCAACCUGUUCUACAACUACGCCCUGGUCAUAUUUGAGUUGACCAGCCUGAAGGACAUUGGCCUCUACAACCUGCGAAACAUCACGCGAGGUGCUAUACGAAUCGAGAAGAAUCCAGAGCUCUGCUACCUGGAUUCUGUAGACUGGUCCCUCAUUAUGGAUGCUGAAUUUAACAAUAUCAUUGCUGGAAAUAAGCAGUCGAAGGAGUGUGGAGAUGUUUGUCCUGGAAUCAUGGAGGACAACCCCCAGUGUAUCAAGACAAACUUCAACAGCAAUUCAAAUUACAGAUGCUGGACCUCCAACCACUGCCAGAGAAUUUGUCCAGAGUGGUGCGGACUGCGGGCGUGUACAUACACAGGCGAGUGCUGCCACCCCCAGUGCCUGGGCGGCUGCACUGCACCCAACAACGACCGGGCCUGUGCCGCCUGCCAGCAUUACUAUCAUGAGGGCCGCUGUGUGGAGGACUGCCCGCCCGGCACAUACAAGUUUGAGGACUGGCGCUGCAUCACAAUGGAGUUGUGCUCCAAGAUCCACCUGCCUGAUUAUGACCGUUUUGUGAUCCACGGAGGAGAGUGCAUGGCCGACUGCCCGCCUGGCUUCACACACGAUGAGAACCAGAGCAUGUUCUGUAAAGCCUGUGAAGGCCUGUGUGACAAGUUCUGUGAUGAAAAGGUCAUUGACUCAGUGGAUGCGGCCCAGUCCCUCAAGGGCUGUACUGUUAUCAGAGGCAACCUGCAUAUCAACAUCCGGCGUGGUAAUAAUAUAGCCUUGGAGCUGGAGAACUUCCUAGGUCUCAUCAAGACAGUGACUGGAUACGUGAGGAUUCGAUCAUCUCACACCCUGAACUCUCUCUCCUUCCUCAAGAGUCUGAGAUACAUCAAUGGAGAUGAACUGUGGGAUGACAUGUAUGCCUUUGUUGCAUUGGAUAACCAGCAUCUACAGUUUCUGUGGGACUGGUCUCAGCACAAUCUCACCAUAAACACUGGAAAACUUUACUUUCGUCUCAACCCCAAACUUUGUAUGUCCGAGAUCCGCAAGAUGUGGGCCAAAACGGGAAUUACAGAGACGUUUUUGGAAGAAGAUUUCCGCAACAAUGGACACCGUGCAAGCUGUGAAAGUAAAAUUCUCAAGUUCAUAUCUAACAGCACGAGGAGUAAUCGAAUCAGGUUGACCUGGGAACGAUAUCGGCCAUCCAAUUACAGAGACAUUGUCAGUUUUGUUGUAUAUUACAAAGAAGCGCCUUUCCAGAACAUUACAGAGUUUGAUGGCCAGGACGGUUGUGGAUCAGACAGUUGGAACAUGGUUGAUGUAGACUUACCGGAGGACCAAACCCAAAACCCAGGUGUUUUGCUGUCCUAUUUGAAGCCCUGGACUCAGUAUGCCAUCUUUGUUAAAGCUGUAACUUUAGUUGUGGAGGACAAAGACAGGCAUCAUCUUGGGGCGAAGAGUGAAGUGGUGUACAUUUGGACUAAACCAUCAGCACCCUCAAUGCCUGUUGACAUUCGUGCUUACUCCAAUUCCUCAUCAAAGCUGGUGGUCCGUUGGUCUUCCCCUGUGGGCCUCAAUGGGAACAACACCUACUACCUGCUCCGCUGGAGACAGCAAGGAGAGGACCAGGAGCUCUACCAGCACAACUACUGUUCCAAAGAACUGAAGAUCCCGAUCAGGAUUUCAGCCACAGAUUUGACAGAAAUCGAGGACACAAUUCCCACCAAUCAAGAAACAGGAGGUAGUGACAAACCCUCCUGUUGUCCAUGCCCUAAAUCAGAGAAGGUUCUGAAGCAAAUCAAGGAUGAUAUCUACUACCGCAAAGCCUUUGAGAAUUUUCUCCAUAAUGCCAUAUUCACACCCAGACCUCCCGACAGGCGACGGCGAAAUGUGUUUGGCGUGGCCAAUGCAACUUUAAUCCACACUCUGAUGUCUGGAAACUGGAAUAUGACGGAGGGAAACUUCUCCGUUGAUGAGCCAGCCAGACAUGAACACCCAUUUCACGAGAUGAAAGUGAGAGAGCUCAAUGCUGACAUCAGCAGCCUGCAUCCAUUUACUGUCUACCGAAUUGACCUGCAUGCUUGCAAUGAUGAGGUUCGACACUGUAGUGCGGCAGCCUUCGUCUUUUCCCGCACCAAACCAGCAGAAAGAGCCGAUGACAUUCCUGGUCCUGUGACCUGGGAAGGUCUAGAAGAUUCAGUGUUCCUGAUGUGGCCCAAGCCAAACAAACCUAAUGGCCUGAUCCUGCUGUAUGAGAUUCAGUACCGUCUUGGAGCUGAGCCCGAGAAGCACGAGUGUGUUUCCCGACAACACUACAAGGAGCACAAAGGGGUGAAACUCUCCAACUUGGGACCUGGGAACUACUCUGCCCGUGUGCGGGCUACUUCUCUCGCUGGAAACGGGUCCUGGACAGAUCCGAUAGCUUUCUAUGUGCUUCAGGUUGAACAAUCAGGUUAUGAGCACUUCUUGUACUUCAUAAUCAUCCCAAUCGUCAUGAUAUUCUCAGUCUUCACUGGUGUGGCUUUCAUCUUGGUCAAUAAGAAACGGAACAGUGACAGGCUUGGAAAUGGAGUCCUUUAUGCUUCUGUUAAUCCAGAGUACUUCAGUGCAGCAGAGAUGUAUGUGCCAGACGAAUGGGAAGUUGAGCGCGAGAAAAUCACAAUGUGUAGAGAGCUUGGGCAAGGAUCGUUUGGCAUGGUGUACGAGGGCAUUGCCAAGGGUGUUGUCAAGGAUGAGGCAGAAACCAAGGUGGCCAUCAAAACAGUCAACGAGUCGGCAAGCAUGAACGAACGCAUUGAGUUUCUCAAUGAAGCCUCCGUAAUGAAGGAGUUCAACUGUCACCAUGUGGUACGUCUACUAGGUGUGGUCUCGCAGGGACAGCCCACCCUUGUAAUCAUGGAGCUUAUGACACAAGGAGAUCUAAAGAGUUAUCUACGCUCGCUACGAUCCAAAGAGAGCACCUCCAGUCUACCUUUACCACCCUUAAAGAAGAUGAUCCAGAUGGCAGGAGAGAUUGCGGAUGGCAUGGCUUACCUCAAUGCCAACAAGUUUGUUCAUAGAGACUUGGCAGCCAGGAAUUGUAUGGUGGCCAAGGACUUUACAGUCAAAAUUGGUGAUUUUGGCAUGACACGGGACAUUUAUGAGACCGAUUACUACAGAAAAGGAGGCAAGGGACUGCUGCCGGUGCGGUGGAUGUCUCCAGAGUCCCUCAAAGAUGGAGUAUUCACCACCAUGUCUGAUGUGUGGUCCUUUGGAGUGGUGUUGUGGGAAAUCGCCACCCUUGCCGAGCAGCCCUAUCAGGGCUUGUCCAAUGAGCAGGUACUGCGGUUUGUCAUGGAGGGAGGACUGCUCGACAAACCAGAUAACUGCCCUGAUAUGUUGUUUGAGCUGAUGCGCAUGUGCUGGCAGUACAACCCCAAAAUGCGGCCGUCCUUCCUGGAGAUCAUCAGCAGCAUCAAGGACGACCUGGAGCCAGGCUUCACGGAGACCAGCUUCUUCUACAGCGAGGAGAACAAACCUCCAGACACCGAAGAGCUGGACAUGGAGAACGUGGGAACCAUGGAAAAUGUUCCUCUGGAGCCGUCCACCUGCCUGCAGCCUCUCACCCCCUCCUCGGCCUUCCCCCAGCAAUGUAGCCCUGGGCCCCAGGGGUCCGUCACACCCGCUGGAGCUUCCUCGCCCCCUGCCUCCCCCUGCUCUAUGGACAAACACCCACACCCGGCAUCCAUGGCAAACGGGCCCUCCAUGGUUCUCCGGAGCCCGUUUGACGAGACCAAGGCUUACGCUCACAUGAACGGGGGCCAGAAGAACGAGCGUGCCUUGCCCUUGCCCCAGUCAUCGGCUUGCUGACCCUGUUUUCUUUAGAGCACGUCCUUUUGACUGAAACAUGGACAUGUCUCUAUGUCUGUCAAGCCACUGUGUGGUCUUCGAAGAAGAAAUAUAUAUAAAAAAAAAUACAAACAAAAAGACAAAAUGGUAUAACUAAGAGUCCAGGCAAUCAAUUUUCAAUCAUACCUCAAGGGAUAAAGUUUGGAUUUUUUGUGUAUUUUGAUUGAAUUGUUGAAUCGAUUGAGGACAUAAACAUUUGUUAUUUCUGCAGAAGUAACAAAAUUGGAUUAUUGACUGAAAAACCAUAAACCUUCAUCCUCGCACCUGAUAGGCUGACAAUUUUUGUUACGUUUUGUUACUUUCUACACUUCCAAACUGGUUUAAAAGCCUAUUAAAGCCAGUAGUGGUAUGGUGGCAUUAUUACGACACUCUGCAUAUCUUUAAGCAAAUCCAACAGCAAAGCACUUGGCCUUGUCUUUGUGACUCCAGAGACAUGCAUAGAAAUUACGUAGUUCAUAGCACAGAAGAGAGAAGGGUUUGUGGGGCUCAAAUCUUGGUACAAAGGUAAAAUCGCUGGCUUCCACACUCUCUUUAAAACAUCUGGCUGUGCAACAUAUUGGAGAAGAAAUUCUCAAACCUGCCGAAUUUUUCUUGUCUUUUUCUUUUUUACGUUGCCAAAUAUACUGUUGUCUCUUUCCAGUCCCUUCAACUCCAUUGCCGCCUCAUUCCUUGCUCCUUUUAUAUGAAUGAGCUCAAAAAUAAGAUGCUCCACUCUUUUUACACUGGUGUGCAUACUUUUUUCAGUCAUCUUCUAGUUAAAAAGUUAAAAUCAAGAGAGAGAUAUCUACCUCUUGUUCUGCUUUCACCUUUUUUGUAUCCAUGGCCAGAUGUCUAUAAAGCUUUUUGCUUUGGGUUAGACACAGUUCAGACAGCAAGUUAAGGUGUUGUGAAACAAUGCAAAAGCAACCUCUACAGCACCAAAAUGACAAAAAAUGCAACAGACACAAAAUUGCAAAAAAUGAAUGAAUAAAUAUUUAGAAGGGAUUUGGGUAAUUAAAAAAAAAAGAGCUCAAAAGUUUUGCAAUCUUAAAAUGUUUCAUUGUGGAGCUGAUGUGUUCAUUAGACAUCUCUCGAUUGGUCUUUCAGUUGUAUGUUGGACCACAAAGUGUGCACAAAGUUUGUUUGUCACUUUUGUACCUUUUUUACAGUUCAGAUGAUCAUCUUUGUGUCUGUGCUGAAAAAAGCUGCUAUUUUAUUCUUGUUUUUCUUUUGUGAUUGUGAUAUAUAUAUAUAUAUAUAUAUAUAUGUAUAUAUGUAUAUUAAAGAGAUUCUUCAGGUUUAAUCCUUUGCCUUUCCACUACAGUCCAUUUUAUGAUGCUUAUAGUUCUGCAAAAAGAAGAACAGGGAUAAAAGAGUUUUAAGAGUUGAGUUUUGCCAUGUAAAGUUGUUUAAUGACUCCUGUUUUUUGCUAGAUUUUUCUAAAGUUAGAUUCAUACAGUUUAUUCUCUUGAAAAGUAAAGCCUGCAAGUUAACGUACUUCUGUCUUCAUGCCUUUAUAAUGGCGGCGAACGUGAUUCUCGAACAGCUCGGCAAUGUGUUUCACCACAUUACCGCGCAAAUAUUUUCUCAGGUCAAACUCUUUAAAGUUUUGGUCUCCGAUCCUUUCUAUGUUAUUCAUUCCUCUGUAUUUGGUUGUACAUAUUCACAAGACGACUCGAUUUGGCAAAAAAUGCUCUUGAAUUUAUUUCAAUGUCAACUUAUUUUAUGUUCAAUAUUUCAUACUUUUUUUAUUUUAUUGUUUAGCCUUAUUUGUGACUGAUCCUGCCACCGUUUUUACAUUAUAUAAACUCUGCAUUUCCUUCCUUCCAAGCAGAGCCUGAUAAACAAUAAUUCUAUCUCUAUGCAGAAGCUGUGUUUGUAACAUGGUUCACUUCUAUACAUUUAAGAUACAGGUUGACUGAGCGCCAGUUUUUGACUUUUUUUUUCCCCCAUCCUGAUCUUGUUUUUCCCCCAUUAUUUAUUUAGUUUCUCACCUAUUUGUGAUAUGUUUAUAAUCACUGUAAACAAAAAAUAAUAAUAAAAAAAAAAAAAAACUUGAUUAAGUGUAACAGUUUAGAUUUUUUUUUUUUUUAAUGCUUUUUUUUCAUGACUU